AUGACCGCAACGUCUAAUGAAUACCAGCGCGAUGUCAGCGAUGGACAGACUUUUAGCCAAACUAUGAGGGCAUCGAAUCAGAUGCAAGAGUUGGACAACGAAGACACCAAUGAAGGCACGAAUGAGGCCUCCAAUGAUGACUCCACUGAUGUCGAGUCCAAUGAUGAGACGAACCAAAGCUUUCCGAACGCCGAAGAGAUGACUACCGAAGACGUCAAACCAAUUGAGUCUAACUUUUCUGUACAGCAUAUUAUUAGCCAUAACUCUGGAGCACCAGAACUGAUCUCAAGUGCAAACAAUACAUCGGUUAUUGUAAAUCCCAAUCAAUUAUCUCAACCCACGGACCAACUCGAAGAAAGUUCUGAAGAUUCGGCUCAAACCGAUGUCGACUCUAUUAAAGAUGAGAACCAAUACAUUGAAAGUGUUGACUCAUUAGACACCGAAAGGUCCGAUAAAGUGAUUAAAGAUGCCGAAGAAGUCAAAGAAGUAAUUAAAAGCGAAUCGCCUGUCAUUCAAACAAAGACUGAAGAAAUGAUUGAACAAAAAGUAGAGAUCAAACCUGAAUCACAGACUCCAGAAGUAACUCAAGAAUCGAUUGAUUCCUUCAUCAAAGAAUCUCCAGUUCAGAGCAUUCAAGAGAUUUCUCAUAAACCUGUUGUCAAACAGACUUCAGAUAUUACAUCAAUGGUUAAGACGACACUUAUAACUGCAGUGAAAGAUGAGACACAAAACGGAGACAUAAGUGAAACGAAAGGCAAAAAGUUGACUAAAAAUCAGAAGAAAAAACAGAGAAAGAAAUUGCAGUCAAAAAGACGACAAUUGGAGGCAAAACGUAAAGAACAAAAUAAUAUCAAUGAAAGCGAUGACCGAAUGGACGUCGAAGAGGAAGACGAUGAAGAGGUGGAGAUCGAGUAUAUUCCGGAUGCGAUCAACAAAGACGAGACUUAUGUCUAUUUUGCUAAAGUGUUCGACAAAUUCAGAACCGGAGAGACAGACAAUAGGGAGGAUUCACACGAGGAUGAGGUAAUGGAUUUGGCGAAGAAGAUGAUGGAACGCAAGAAACCGGUGGAAAUGGAGCUGAAGGACGAGGACGAGAGGAGAGAUGGAGAACAGAAGGUAUCGAAACGAAAACUGAAACAAAUGACACGAAUGACGGUUUCGGAGCUCAAGCAGAGAGUGAGUCAUCCGGAACUCGUGGAGAUGCACGACGUGACCGCCAGAGACCCUCUACUGCUUCUGCACCUCAAGGCGACGCGCAACUCAGUUCCCGUUCCCCGUCACUGGUGUUAUAAACGCAAGUAUUUGCAGGGAAAGCGAGGCUUCGAGAAGCCGCCGUUCAAACUGCCGGAGUUCAUCCGCAAGACCGGCAUAAUGGAGAUGAGACAGGCCUUGCAGGAGAAGGAGGAGUCGAAGUCACUGAAGGCGCAGAUGAGGGAAAAGAUUCGGCCGAAGAUGGGCAAGAUUGACAUCGAUUACCAGAAACUUCACGACGCCUUCUUCAAGUGGCAGACGAAGCCUAAGAUGACUAUUCACGGCGACCUCUACUACGAGGGAAAGGAGUUCGAGACCCGACUCAAGGAGAAGAAACCGGGAGAACUGAGCAAUGAGUUGAGGACUGCACUGGGAAUGCCUACCGGACCCAACUCGCAGAAGUGUCCGCCUCCGUGGCUCAUAGCUAUGCAGAGGUACGGACCGCCGCCUUCCUAUCCCAGCAUCAAGAUUCCGGGGCUCAACGCACCCAUACCUGACGGCUGUUCGUUUGGAUACCACGCGGGCGGUUGGGGUAAACCCCCGGUCGAUGAAUACGGUCGACCUCUUUAUGGCGAUGUGUUUGGUGUCAGCACUGCUAGUGAUCUGAAUCUUAUUGAAGAAGAGGUCGAUCGCACUCUUUGGGGAGAAAUGGAAGACGAAUCCGAAGAGGAAGAGGAGGAAGAAUCUGAAGAAGAAGAGACGGAAGAGACUGCCGGCGCUCCCAAACAGGCCGCCAAAGAAGUGGACGAAACAGGUUUCGUGACACCGGCUGAAGGAUUGAUAACUCCGAGCGGUUUGACGUCAGUUCCGACGGGCACUGAGACGCCCGAUAUGAUUGAGUUGAGGAAACGCAAACAGAUUGAGGCAGAAAUGGAAAGUGGCGACAACCCAUCGCUCUAUACAGUGAUUCCCGAGAAGAAGGGCGAGAAGAUGGGCCGCGAAAUGAUGGGUUCGGCGCAUACGUACGACAUGAGUGCGUCUACACUGCGAAAGGGUCAGGGCGUGGAUGUGGCGCUCGACCCGAGCGAUCUCGAGGCCGGCGCCGGUCUGGACUCGGCUGCGAUGGCCGCCAGAUAUGAGCAGACGAUGAAAGAGCGGUCCUCGCAUUUGGCGAAAGAGGACUUGUCUGAUAUGGUGGCCGAACACGCGGCCAGACAUAAGCGUAAGAAACCCCAGACCGACACCAAACAGAAUAAGAAAUAUCAGUUCAAGUUCUGAAUGUUGGCACCGAUUCACACCUAUUAUUAUAACACACUUGCAAUCGACACGGAAUU